ACAACAACAUACGUCAUUGCUCAUGUGGCAACAAAUUUAAUUACAUCCGUAUUAUUAGGUAAUGACUGGAUUAAUUCAAAUUAUGUUCAUCUAUUUGGUGAUCAACAACAAUUGACUAUUCCUGAUCAACAUGAUCAAUUAAUAUCGAUUUCAUACGUAGCACCUACAUCUAUUAACUAUCCAGCAUUAUUAAUUGAUCAAAUUACUCUGCCACCAUACUCACAACUAUUAGUUGAUAUUUCAUGUGAAAUUAACAAUGAUAAUAAUCUGAUAUUUGAACCAUAUUCAAACUAUGCCUCAAAAUUUAUUUUUAUACCACAUACAUUAUUAAAUAUCAACAAUCAUAAAGCUAAAAUAUUACUAAUCAAUGCUCAGAAUCAACAAACAAUAUUACCAAGAAAUACACGAAUCGGAACUCUUUCUCGUCCCUCAACUUACACAAUAUGUUUUAGUACAUCAAAUCCAACAAAACAAAAUUCAUCUUUCAAUAAAUAUAAUCAAUCAACAUCCAGUAAUUCAAGCAAAUUAAAAUAUAGAGCUGUCACAAAUAAAAAUGACAACUCGGAAGAAGACAAAUUAGAUAUUAUUUGUGAUAAUUGCAAUGAAUAUUUUCUAUCUGGUAAUGAUUUACAAAAACAUUUACGAGCAAAAUGCUACUCUGAUGAAAUUCGUCAAAAAAUAUUCGAUUUAACAAAACAUAUAGGAAAUGAAAAAAACCGUUCGAAAAUUGAAGAUAUAUUAUGGCAUAAUAAAAUUCUAUUCGAUCCUACACCAUCCAUUAUUAACAUUCCACCACAAUCAGCAAUCAAGACAGGUGAUCAUCCACCUAUUUACUCAAAACAAUAUUCGUCUUCUUUAAAAGAUCAAGAUAUUAAAUUGCAAGAAACACAAAAAUUAUUAGAACGUGGUCAAAUUGAAGAAUCAACUUCUCCAUGGUCAUCACCUAUUGUUCUUGUUAAGAAAAAAGACAAAACAAUGCGAUUUUGCAUUGAUUAUCGACGAUUAAAUACUAUUACAAUUAAAGAUGCAUUUCCAUUACCCCGUAUUGAUGAAAUUUUUGAUCAAUUAUCCGAUGCAAUGUAUUACACAAAAUUUGAUUUUAAAUCUGGUUAUUUCCAGGUACCUCUAUCUAAAGAGGACCGACCUAAAACUGCAUUUUCAACUCGUGACAACCAUUAUCAAUUUACUGUAUUACCUCAAGGAAUUACAAAUGGACCAGCAACAUUUCAACGUGUAAUAAAUCAUAUAUUAGGGCCUGCGAGAUGGAAAUAUGCAUUAGC